UGUACACUCAGCAAACUGCCGCGGCCUCGUCAGGGCGUCCACAUGGGGGGUUUUCUGCCCGGGCCUAGCUUGGGGUUUUGCUGCUUGACCUUUGCCUUUCUGCUCGGCGUGAAGUCGGAGGAGGACAUUGUGAAGGUCAGAGUGAACUUGGGCGACAGCGUCAACCUCACCUGUUCUCUGGAUGCUGAGAACAUCCUGUGGUACAUGGAGCUCAACGGGCAGCUCCGGGUGACCAUCCUGCGCACUUUCAACAAGAAGGCCACCGAGUUCACCUCCCCAGUUUACAGGUCGAAAGAAAAGUACUCCGUGCGGCAUGGAAACGGCUUGGUUAUUCACAAUGUCACGGCGAGUGACUGCUGGGUUUACUACUGCGCCUGGAGAGAAAAGAACACCACCUUGUUCAAAGAUGCUUUCCGCCUCAUCCCCGCCGGGCCGCCGGCCGAAGCAGCGGAAGGGUGCCACCAGCACUUCCGGUUCAGGCAGAACGACUAUGUCGUCAUUGCCCUCAGCGUCCUGUCUGGCUUGCUGAUAGGUGGGGGGGCAGUUUGGGCUUUUUUGGCGCCGCGUAAGAGGAAGGCCGGACACCGUGACUAUGACGUGUCACCUCUCCCCACUGAGUCACCAGACAGAGCCAACCAACAAGAGUAUGAGGAGAUCCAGUUGCCACUCCGCAGCCAGGUCCCAGCUCCUACCGGGCCCGGCACCGAAUGUAUUUACUACAAAGCCCAGCUGGUACGGCCCACGCCAGCCUCGCAGUGAGAGGUCCGGCAGGCCGGACGUGAGACACUGCGUCACUGCGACCUGGGUAAAACGGGCCACUGACAAACACACCCAUAGCACACAGACAGAGAUGCCACGUGGGCAGCAAGAGACUCGCCGACAGACUCUCUGGUUAAAUCUCAGAACUCUCACACACACAGGCCUGUGCACGGCGCCGACACUGCACAGCCCCCUGAACUCUCCGCCAAAACCGUGGAAAGUGGGACGUGCUAAAUUUGGCAGCGCGUCUUCGCCGCUUUCUGUGUAAGUGGCAGAUGGUGUACCGACCACGCGACUGAAGAGGUGUUUUCGCUGCCGCCGCGGUCACCGGGGGGAUGAUUGACAUUUGUCGAGAGAGCGAGGCCACCGCGCCAGAUGUAACGCAGGCGGUUUGCACGCGCCCGGCGCGAGAGUGUAAUCUAGUUUUAAAAUCUGUGUGGUUACCGCUUCCUGUGCUGCAAGCAGGCUUAACGUAUUGGCGCGGCUGGACCACUUUUUAUUUGGGUUAGCUCUUAUAGUCGUCUCUUCUGAUUGUUUUUCUACCUGCAGAGCUCCUAUACCGAUAUUGCCCGUGCUAGGAUCAGAGGGAAAAAAAUGGAGAAAUUAUUUAAUCAUUAUUACAUUACAGUAUUUCCUGUUUUGUUUUUGUUUUGGGGGUCACAAUUAUGCAAUAACCACGGACUAAAGUGUUUCUAUAGUAAUGCUAAGGGAGCAUCUUCUUCACUGUAGGAAUGCAAUGGCGUUUGUAUAACAACGGCACAAAAACGCAGGAAAAAUUGUAAUAAUUUGUGUAACCUUGGCAUUAGUGUUUGUAUAGCGAUUUGGCAAAGGACCACAAGAAUACUGUAGUCCUCUUUCUGGUUUGACUAUAGGGCGUUUUCCUACGGGGCUACCCUAAAUAGA